AUGGCGACAGCUCUUUUCAUGGAUCCGACUGCAGCUACAUUCUUUUACACCAUCCGGAUCACCGACAGCAGCACCAGCAGCAACACCAACACCAGCAACACCAACAACAACAACAACAACAACAACAACAACAACGACAGCAGCGACGACGAAGACGACGAAGACGACAAAGACGAAGACGAAGACAAAGACGAAGACGAAGACAAAGACGAAGACGAAGACGACGACGACGACGAUGACGACGACGAUGAUGAUGAUGAUUGUCUUGGUGUUGUUCCUGCUUUUGGCCGGAUCCUGUACAACUACUUCUUUAUCCUCAAGAAGGUAGUUUACGGGAUCAGGUGGUUCUGGGGAGUUGUGUCGGUUUGGCUCGCAGCCCGCGCCCGCGCCCGCGCCGAGGCCGAGGCCGCCGCCGCCCCACCCCCUCCGGAGCAGCAGCAGCAGCAACAACAACAACAGGAGCAACAACAGCAACAGCAACAGCAACAGCAACAGCAACAGCAGCGGCAGCAGCAGCAGCAGCGGCCCCGUUGGCGCCCCUAA